AAUGGUGAAGUUGUAGAUAUAAUUCAGUGCAUAUAAAUGUUCUGUCUGCUGUAAAAUUUGUCUCGCUGUUCUGCAGGGGUACUGAAGACAUUAUUUCCCCACAUGGAAUACCUCUGGAUCUUCUUGACAGGCUCCUUAUUAUCCGUACAUUGCCAUAUUCCCGUGCAGAGAUGGAACAAAUUCUUAGACUCCGAGCACAGACAGAGGGCAUACAAAUUGAUGAUGAAGCUCUUAGUAUGUUGGGGGAUAUUGGCACAAAAACAACUCUCCGGUAUGCUGUUCAGCUGUUAACACCAUCAUCUCUGACUGCGAAAGUAAAUGCACGAUCAGUUAUUGCUAAAGACGACAUUCAAGAAGUUGGGGAACUAUUCUUGGAUGCAAAAUCAUCAGCGAAGAUUCUUUCACAGCAUAAGGACAAAUAUAUGAAGUGACCAUUUUCAGCAACUCAACUUGUUUUAAUAGGGACUCCAGAGGCUGUCGACAUAUUUCUGAUUCAAAUG